CUCUCUCGGACUGGAUGUUUUGAGCAGCUCAGGUGAAUGUGAGACCCAGAGUCAUGCAGGCUGCGCCCUUCCAGUACGACUUCUACAGUGAGGAGAACGCGCCCAAGUGGAGAGGACUUCUGGUGCCCUCGCUCAACAAGGUGCUGAGUCAGGUUCACCCGAAGCUGUCGUCCCAGCAGGAGGCGCUGCAGUACAUCGAGGGUUUGAUCUUGGUGCUGCUCAACACACUGUGUCAGGCUCAGCCGCGGACCGUACAGGAUGUGGAGGAGCGCGUGCAGAAGAGUUUUCCUCACCCCAUUGAGAAAUGGGCGAUCGCGGACGCUCAGGCUGCUAUAGAGAAGAGGAAGAGGAGGAAUCCUCUAGCGCUGCCCGUGGAUAAAAUCCAUCCGCUUCUGAAGGAGGUGCUGGGGUACAAAAUUGACCAUCAGGUGUCCGUGUAUAUAGUGGCCGUGCUGGAAUACAUCUCUGCAGAUAUACUGAAGCUGGCUGGGAAUUAUGUACGAAACAUUCGGCAUUAUGAGAUCUCGCAGCAGGACAUCACUGUGGCCAUGUGUGCUGAUAAGGUGUUGAUGGACAUGUUCCAUCAAGUCGAGGAGGACUUUAGUGUUUUUCCUUUGAUGGACGAAGAACCGUCAGCGUCUGAGGAGCAGGCGUACUAUGAUCUGGUGAAAGCGUUUAUGGCCGAGGUACGACAGUAUCUGAGAGACCUCAACCUCAUCAUUAAAGUGUUUCGCGAGCCCUUCGCCUCCAACACCAUGCUGUUUUCACCUCACGACGUGGAGAACAUCUUUAGUCGAAUCGUAGAUAUUCACGAGGUGUCUGUGAAGUUGCUGGGAUUGAUUGAGGAUACGGUGGAGAUGACGGAUGAAGGAAGCCCUCAUCCGCUGGUGGGCAACUGCUUUGAAGAUCUCGCUGAGGAGCUGGCCUUUGACCCGUAUGAGACGUACGCUCAGGACAUCCUGCGCAGCGGCUUUCACGAUCACUUCCUGAGUCAACUCUCUAAACCUGGAGCGGCCAUAUACCUGCAGUCCAUCUGUGAGGGCUUCAAAGAAGCAGUGCAGUAUGUUUUACCACGGUUACUCUUGACCCCCGUCUACCACUGUCUUCAUUACUUUGAGAUAUUAAAGCAGCUGGAGGAGAAGAGUGAGGAUGAGGAGGAUAAAGAGUGUUUGAAACAGGCCAUCACAGCUUUACUAAACCUACAGAGCAGCAUGGAGAGAAUCUGUUCAAAGAGUCUGGCCAAGAGACGACUCAGCGAGUCGGUUUGUCGUUUCUACAGUCAGCAGAUGAAGGGCAAACAUCUGGCCAUCAAGAGGAUGAAUGAGAUUCAGAGGAACAUCGACGGCUGGGAGGGGAAAGACAUCGGCCAAUGCUGCAAUGAGUUCAUCAUGGAGGGCACGCUGACCAGGGUGGGCGCCAAACACGAGCGUCACAUCUUCCUGUUCGACGGUCUCAUGAUCUGCUGUAAAUCCAAUCACGGUCAGCCGCGUUUGCCGGGAGCCAGCGUGGCCGAGUACCGUCUGAAGGAGAAGUUCUUCAUGAGGAAGGUGCAGAUAAACGAUAAGGACGAUAAAGAGGGCGAGUAUCGGCACGCCUUCGAGAUCAUCCUGAAGGAUGGGAACAGCGUGGUGUUUGCCGCCAAGUCCGCAGAGGAGAAGAACGGCUGGAUGGCGGCGCUGAUCUCGCUGCAGUACCGCUCCACGCUGGAGCGCAUGCUGGACACGGCCAUGCUUCAGGAGGAGAAAGAGGAGCAGAUGAGGCUUCCCGGAGCCGAGGUUUAUCGAUUCGCAGAGCCCGACUCGGAGGAGAACAUCGUGUUCGAGGAGAACGUUCAGUCCAAAUCCGGCAUUCCCAUCAUGAAAGCCGGGACGGUGUUGAAGCUCAUCGAGCGUUUGACCUUUCACAUGUACGCCGAUCCAAACUUUGUCCGAACAUUUCUCACGACGUACCGAUCGUUCUGCAGACCUCAGGAGCUUCUGGAUCUGCUGAUAGAGAGGUUUGAUAUUCCAGAACCCAAGCCCACAGAAGCGGAUCAGAUGGCCGUUGAGAACGGUGAACAGCCGCUCAGCGCUGAACUGAAACGUUUCCGUAAGGAGUUUGUGCAGCCCGUACAGCUCAGGGUGUUGAAUGUGUGCAGGCAUUGGGUCGAGCAUCAUUUCUAUGACUUUGAGAGAGACGCUCAGUUACUACGACAACUGGAGGAGUUCAUUGGAAUGGUCAGAGGUAAGGCCAUGAAGAAGUGGGUGGAGUCAAUCACAAAGAUCAUCCAGAGAAAGAAACAGGCUCAAGCCAACGGUCCCAGUCACAACAUCACGUUUGAGAGCUCGCCUCCACCCAUCGAAUGGCAUCUCUGUAAAGCCGGUCAGACCGAUCAGUUUGAUCUCAUGACCCUUCACCCCAUCGAGAUCGCCCGACAGCUGACGCUCCUGGAGUCUGAUUUCUACAGGGCGGUUCAGCCGUCAGAACUGGUGGGCAGCGUUUGGACUAAAGAAGACAAAGAGAUCAACUCACCCAAUCUGCUGCGAAUGAUUCGUCACACCACGAACCUCACGCUGUGGUUCGAGAAGUGCAUCGUGGAGACGGAGAACCUGGAGGAGCGCGUGGCCAUCGUGUCGCGGAUCAUCGAGAUCCUGCAGGUGUUUCAGGAGCUGAAUAACUUUAAUGGCGUUCUGGAGGUGGUCAGCGCCAUGAACUCUUCUCCUGUGUAUCGACUCGAUCACACCUUUGAGCAAAUCCCAAGCAGACAGAAGAAGAUUCUAGAAGAAGCUCAUGAUCUCAGUGAAGAUCAUUAUAAGAAAUAUCUGGCUAAACUCAGGUCCAUCAAUCCUCCGUGUGUGCCCUUCUUUGGCAUUUAUUUAACAAAUAUUCUGAAAACGGAAGAAGGAAAUCCAGACUUCCUGAAGAGACACGGCAGAGAGCUGAUCAACUUCAGUAAACGUCGGAAAGUGGCAGAAAUCACCGGAGAAAUCCAGCAGUAUCAGAAUCAGCCGUACUGCUUACGCGUGGAGAACGACAUACGGAAAUUCUUUGAGAACUUAAACCCGAUGGACGAUAUGAUGGAGAAAGAGUUUGCGGACUAUCUGUUUAAUAAAUCUCUGGAGAUUGAACCUCGAAACACUCGCACGCUGCCUCGAUUUGCAAAGAAGUACAGCUGGCCUCUGAAGUCUCCGGGAGUUCGACCGUCCACCGUCCGCCCGGGCACCAUGCGGCAUCCGACGCCGCUGCAGAACGAGCCGCGUAAGAUCAGUUACAGUCGCAUACCGGACAGCGAGACGGAGAGCAGCACGACGUCCGCCCCGAAUUCCCCUCGUACCCCACUGACACCUCCACCUGCAUCAGCUGCCUCCAGCAAUACUGAGAUCUGCAGUGUCUUUGACUCGCCGCAGGGGCCGUCCAGUCCCUUUCAUUCCAACAGUGACAGUAUUUUUGCACCGGUCGCAUUGCCUCAUGGCCCACGGUCGUCUUCUGUGUCAUCUAUGGUGGGUUUCCUCAGGAGCGAUGACACCCCAAUACCUCCACCCGUCCCGCCACGCCGUCGCCCAGAAUCUGCCCCAGCGGAGUCAUCGCCCUCAAAGAUGAUGUCGAAACAUUUAGACAGCCCUCCUGCGAUUCCACCGCGGCAGCCCACAUCGAAGGUUUACUCGCCGCGCUACUCUCUCACCGAGCCCCCCGACAGCCCACCGACACUGCCUCCCCGUGAGCCCGUGAGAACGCCGGACGUCUUCUCCAGCUCCCCGCUCCACCUUCAGCCGCCACCGCAGGGCCGUCGAUCCGAACUGAGCCAGACCUUUUUCCCCCCGUCUCCGUUCAGCCCGCACCCGCCGCAGACGCCGUCGCCGCUGGGGCCACGGAAACACCUGCCGUCCCCGCCGCCGUCCGACUGCGGGCCGCCCGUGCCGCCACGGCAGAGCACGUCCCAGUCGCCUAUCCCCAAACUCCCACCCAAGACCUACAAAAGGGAGUCGGCUCACCCGUGUGUGCACCGUGACGGGCCGGCGCUCCUGGAGAACGCCAACCCCUCAUAAACGAGAGGACUCGAAUCGUUCCUGAAGCAAAACUAAGAGGACGAACGAAAAACACUUAAUGCGUCAUUCUAAGACGACGAUUGUGUUUUCAUCAAGUGCAAAUCAAGUUAAAGAUGCCUGCCCAGCCAUUCACACUUGUCUUGUUUAUUGUCUUUCAUGUUGCUGUCGUUUAUGUUUUGUCAUCGUUCCACGUCGGUUUCAUUUCAUCGGUUUUGUUCGUUUUAUUUCCGUCUGUGCGUUGGGCCGCUUUUUUCCUGCACGUAGCCGGACGGACUGAGAAACGAACAAGAAAUACCUGCGGCCGUGCAUCCGAAUCGGCGCCAGAGACUUCACUGCCUGUUAAAUAAUUCUUGUCCUAAUGGAGAGGAGGCGCUAAUAAUGGCUGGAGACAGAGACUGAUGCGACGUGUCACCUCAAUACGCUUGAAAAAGGGACUGCGGAUAGCGCCGAUGUCUUGACUCGAGGACUUUAAGUGUUCGUGAGCCAGUACGCUGAAGAGUGCCGUGACUUUAAGGUACCCUCGCACACCAAAGAGGUACUUGAGAAAUAUUCAAGAAACACAAGUGAUUGUCCUUUAUGUGUUAAAACUUUGAUUUUCUCAAUCAUUUCUGUUUUGCCAUUAAGUAUGUAAAAAAACAACAACAAUUGCCUUCUUAAAACAAGGGAAUAAAAGUGUUUCUACCACUGUAUGUCAAACACAAGCGAUGAUGAAAA